UGUAGAUAUUUGUUCUUUAUUUAAAUUUCAAUUUAAAUAUAAGUGUGACUUUAAUUAAAAAGUGAACUUCUGUGACAGUUUUCUUUUUUAAAUCAUGACAAAUAAACUGACAAAGGAAUGGUUCGUGGAAAUGCCAUGGGGGAAAGUGGCCAUGAUAUCGUGGGGCCAGAGCAGCAAUCCGCCGAUGCUGCUGGUCCACGGGUACACAGACACGGCGGCAACGUUCAUUCGCCUGGUGGACUUACUGCCUGAUAGCUAUUAUUAUGUCAGUUUUGAUUUCCCUGGGCAUGGCAAGUCCGAGCACAUACCAUCGGGCGGGCCUUUAGUGACAAUGUCGUUUAUGACGGAGGUCGUCCGUCGGAUAGUCAAUUACAUGGAAUGGGAUACUUUUAUAUAUAUGGGACAUUCUAUGGCGUUUCUUACUGGUAUAUAUUAUCACCACGCGUUCCCGGGAAGAAUCAAACGGAUGAUCAACCUGGACCCGGAGCCGCCGUGUGGAAACCAAUACUAUAUAGAUUACUCUUACAUCGAAUCUUGGUUCAUGUACCACCACGAAAGUUAUUACGACAACUAUCAUAAACAGGAAGAGAAGCUGUACACGUAUGAGCAAGCCGUCACAGCCAUGAUGAAGGCCAGACAUCUCACCAGGGAACAGACAGAGCUGCUCCUGACCAGGUGUCUAGUGCCAGCCGAAAAUGGACUCUAUAGAAUGACCUUCCAACCCAGCAUGCGGCGGAUAACAGGCUCCGGCUUUCCAGAAUACACGCUGACCUGUGCCAUAACCACAGAUCCACCCCCGGUACUCAAUCUGAACGCCACUAAGAGCAUCCUCAACCCUGUGACUAUAGAAUUUUCUAGAAAAAUUUUGCGACCGUAUGCUCUACCAUCGACUGUUCAUCGUACAGUUUAUGUUGAAGGAAGACACGAUGUACACAUCACGCAUCCGGAGUCACUAGUGCCUUAUAUACUCGAAUUCUUGAAUCGAGACAACAAGUCCAAAUUGUGAUGUUUAGUUUGUUUAAUAAAGAAAAUU